AUGCAUCACGACAAGACUGCGCUUGUUCUUGGAUCGACUGGUGCUGUCGGCAAAGCAUUAGUAAAGGACCUACUAUUCAAUGGCGACUAUCAAAAAGUUAUCACUGUAGGCCGUCGUCCUGUGGAACUUGAUUCAAAUAUCCCUCAAGAUAAGCUCGAACAAAAAACGGUUGACUUUGACAAGCUCGAAGAACAUCGUGAUAAGUUUAAGAACGUCAAUGAUGUAUUUUGUUGUCUCGGAACCACUCGCGCUGACGCUGGAAGCAGUGAGGCAUUCAAACGAAUUGACCAAGGUUACGUGCUUAACUCUGCAAAGAUCAUCGCGGAAGAGAACAAACCCGUGAGUGACAAUACAUCCACAUCCGUGCCAUCUUUAUCGCCGGUACAUUUUCUUUAUUGUUCGUCAGCUCAUUCAAACCCAAACUCGCCAUUUCUUUAUCCUCAAUCGAAAGGGCAGACGGAGCAAGGUAUUAUCAACACAGGAUUCCAACGUGUUUCUAUUUUCCAUCCUGGGUAUUUGGAAUUGGAAGAGCCACGGCCAAGAACACGAUUGCUCGAAACGACAUUUGGUAGUGUCAUUUCUCCGAUCAACCGGUUUUUCAACCUCCAUCUUGCGGUUCCUGUCACCCGUGUUGCUGAAGCCAUGCGUAAAGCUGCAGCAUCUGAUGUGUCAGCGGGACAAACUAGCUCCCUUGGUAAGGAAACGAUCGUAGAUAGAUACGUGAAUAAAGAAAUCGAGGAAAUGACUCUAUAG